CUUUGGGGAACAGCAUGCAGUUGAGUCGCUGGAGCAGCAAGUGUGAUUUGGAGUGGAGAGACAGGUGGGGCCAGGCCGUGCAGGGCCUUCAAUGCCAGAUCCAGGGUCUAGGCUCUGUCCCCCGGGUGCUGGGGAGCCGUAGAAGAACACUGAGCAAAGGAGGGACAGGAGCUCUCGGGGCCGCCGGUGCUUUGUCAGUCUGUCCCAGUGAUGGAGGGAGGCUCUUAGCGUCGCCAGCGGCUGCAGAGCAGAGGCAGUGGCCCAUGGACCUGCCAGAGAGCCGGGCGGGCAGCCCCGCCGCUGCAGAAAUAUACCUCUGGGACCAGUCAGAGGAGGGGACCCUGGGGAUGCCGCUCAGCUUAGAGGAGCAAAUACUCAACUCCACGUUUGAAGCUUGUGACCCCCAGAAGACAGGCAUUGUGGCUGUGACCCACGUACUAGCCUACCUGGAGGCUGUGACAGGACAGAGCCCCCAGGAUGCACGCCUCCAAACACUGGCCUGCAGCCUGGACCCCAACGGAGAGGGGCCUCAGGCCACCGUGGAUUUGGACACCUUCCUGGUCGUCAUGCGGGACUGGAUCACUGCCUGUCAGCUGGAUGGGGGAUUAGAGCUGGAAGAGGAGACCGCCUUCCAGGGGACCCUGACCUCCCAGCAACUGCCAUCUGGAUGCCCAGAAGCAGAAGAGCCAGCCAACCUGGAGAGCUUCGGAGGCGAAGACCCCAGACCUGAGCUGCCCGCCACGGCUGACCUGCUAAGCAGCCUGGAGGACCUGGAGCUCAGCAACCGCCGGCUGGCGGGGGAGAAUGCCAAACUGCAGCGCAGUGUGGAGACGGCCGAGGAGGGGUCUGCACGCCUCGGGGAGGAGAUCGUGGCCCUGCGCAAGCAGCUUCGCAGUACCCAGCAGGCUCUGCAGUUUGCCAAGGCUGUGGAUGAGGAGCUGGAGGACCUGAAGACUCUGGCCAAGAGCCUGGAGGAACAGAAUCACAGCCUCCUGGCCCAGGCCCGGCAGACGGAAAAGGAGCAGCAGCAUCUGGUGGCUGAGAUGGAGACUCUGCAGGAGGAGAAUGGGAAGCUACUGGCUGAGCGGGAUGGAGUGAAAAAGAGGAGUGAGGAGCUGGCCAUGGAGAAGGAUGCUUUGAAGCGGCAGCUCUAUGAGUGUGAAUGCCUCAUUUGCCAACGAGACGCCGUCCUCUCGGAGCGCACUCGCCAUGCGGAGAGUCUGGCCAAAACCUUGGAAGAGUACAGAACGACAACCCAGGAACUGAGGCUGGAAAUCUCACACUUGGAGGAGCAGCUGAGCGAAACCCACAAGGGGCCAGAUGAGGUACCCGAAGGGGCUCAGGUGAGAAGAGUGGACUGGACCAGGCCGCUGCCCCCGUCUCUGGGUGUGGAGAUCAAGGCCAUUCAGCAGAAUCAAGAAGUGGCAGCUGCCGAGCUCUCCAGCCCUCUGUGUGGAGUGUGGCCGUGGAAGGAGGUCAUCAGUGAGACCAGUGAGGAAGCUGAGUUUCCGCCUGAAGCCCCAACUGGGGGACAGAGAAACUUCCAGGGAGAACCUGUGCACCCUCAAAGAAGAAGGGAGCGAUCGAUGUGGUUGCCCGGAAGAGAGGAAGAGGAGGAAGCGGAGACCCGGGUCACGGCUGAUCUCCUCCCCAUCCCUCUGGGAGCCCGUCACCCUGGAGACAUCCCAGGAAGCCCUCCUGAGAGCCCUGCCGAGCCAGGACUGCAGCGAGCACUGGUGCCCGUGGUGGAAGGGCUGGUCCCAGUUAUGAGGCCAGUCUGGGGCCAGCUCUGCCUGACCCCCUCGCACCCCCAGCAGCUCAGGGUCGCUCGGCACCCACUGAUCCCGGCGCCUGUCCUGGGCCUGCUGCUGCUGCUGCUGCUCUCCGUCCUGCUGCUCGGCCAGUCCUCGCCCCCCACCUGGCCCCACCUCCAGCUCUACUACCUCCAGCCCCCCCCAGUGUGAGCCAUGCUCCCCGCCCCUCAGAGCAACAUCUAGUUCAGUGAAUUCUCCAGGGCCUUUUUUACUGUUAUUCCCAUUGUUGUGCCACUGUCACUUGGGAUUACCCUAGUAUGGGGACCCCAGACACAGUACUCCAGGAUCCACACCCCUGUAUUGAGUUUUUAUGUGAAAUCUCUUGGUGUUUGAAUGUUGGCAACUACAUUUCUUAACAAUAGCAAAACAUGCCCAAUAAUGAAUUAAGCACUAGGGGUUUAUUUUCCUCACAAAACAAGUCUGGAGGAGGAGGUGUGCACCCACAGCUCAGGGCCAGGGUGCUGUGAUUCUUUGUGACUCUCUUGGCCCUUCCCUCGUGCUCAGGAGAUGGUGGGCAUUGUAGCUUCAUAUGUCACAUCAGGCAGAAGGGGACCUCUCCCUUCCUUUUUAUAAAGAAAAGCAAUAGUCCUCCCAGAGCUGGCAGCAGACCUGUGUUUAUGUCUCCUUGGCCAGAACUGUUUGGGGUGACCACCCCUAGCUGCAAGGGAGGCUGGGAGACUGAGCACCUCUCCUGGCAGAAAGAGGGAGAGAGAUACGGGCCAGGCACGUAGCACGAUGUCCACUCCAGUGCAAAUGGCCAGCAGGAAAUGGACCAGUGUGCCAUUUGUUCACUCAACAAACUGACUGAUCAUCUGUUUGCUUCUAAGCUAGACCUUAGAAGAUAGAGCUGUAGAGGAGGAGGCCCUCCAAUGCCAGGCUGAGGAGUGUUGAUUUUCUCCCGAGGAUGAUGGGAGCUUCGGGAGGUUUUAUUGCUUGUUUUUAGUUAAGUUUUAAUUGAGGUGUAACUUACGUACAGAUAAAUGGACAAAUCUUAAGUGUCAGCUGGAUGCAUUUUUAAAUAUGUAAACAGCUAUGAAACCGAAACCCAGGUCAAGAUAGA